CCUGCCAGCUCGGAGUGACACCGUAACAAAAUGUCAAGAGUUUGGAAAGAAAACAAAAGGAAGGACAGAAAAAGGUCUGGUCAUGAUUUGUGUCUGAGUCUGGCAUUGCGUAAAAGCUGAAAGCUUUCUGAGUUGUGAGUGAACGUGGAUCAGGAUGAGUGACCAGUUUAGCUGUGAGAACUGUAAGGAGAUUCUAUACGGGAGGAAGUACAUCCAGGUGGAUGACGUCCCUCACUGCGUCCCCUGCUACGAUCGUCUCUAUGCCAACAGCUGCCAGGGCUGCAAAGAACUCAUCGGACACAACUCACGGGAGUUGUACUAUGACGACCACCACUACCACGAGGAGUGUUUUCGCUGCUCGCACUGCAAGCGCUCGCUUGCCGACGAACCUUUCACCUGCCAGAACGAAGCUCUUCUGUGUAACGACUGCUACUGCAGCGAGUUCUCUUCCAAAUGUGUGGCCUGUAACAAGACCUUCAUGCCAGGCUCAAAGAAGUUGGAGUACGGUGGUUCUACCUGGCAUGAGGAGUGUUUUGUGUGUUGUGUGUGUCAGCAGUCUCUGGGCUCACAGUCUUUUAUCCCUGAUAAGGAUGAGUAUUAUUGUGUGCCCUGUUACGAGAGACGCUUCUCUCCCCGCUGCAGCCACUGCAAACAGAUCCUGCUGCAGGGUGGGGUGACGUACCGAAACGAACCUUGGCACAGGGAGUGUUUCCUGUGCGCAGGCUGUAAGAUGCAGUUAGCCGGUCAGCCCUUCACCUCUCAGGAAGAAAAACCUUACUGUGUCAAGUGUUUCAGCUGCCUGUACGCACAGAAAUGCACCGCCUGCGACAAGGCCAUCACAGGUUUCGGCAACGGGAAGUACGUUUCCUUUGAGGACCGUCAGUGGCAUCAGUCGUGCUUUAACUGCUCCGGAUGCUCCGUCUCUCUGGUUGGAGCUGGAUUUUUUCCCAAUGGCUCAAAUAUCCUGUGCAAAGAUUGUAACAACUAAACUACAGAUUCUGUGUGUGUGUGUGUGUGUGUGUGUGUGUGUGUGUGUGUGUGUGUGUGUGUGUGUGUGUGUGUGUGUGUGUGUGUGAGUGAGUGUGUAAAACACUGAUCCGGGAUCAGGAGUCAGCGAUACAGUCAGAAUAUAUCAUUCACGGUAUAAUAACCAUUUACACACAUGUUUUUUACAGUUAGAAGUGCAAUGUUUAACACCACUGAUGUAUUUUGAAAAUAUUAAAUUUUUUUACAAUUCCUACAAUUCA